CUCUUGUUAAUAUUCAGUUAAAAAACCUAUGAUGUUACUAUGAAUCACCAAAAAAUGAAAAGCAUGACUACCCUUCUUUUGAUUUUCUCCAUUUUUACUCUGCCCAGCUUUCUCACCAAUACGGAAGCAGAUUAUCUCUACCACGCCUGCCCAAACACCACCACCUUCACCCCAAACUCCACCUUCCAGUCCAACCUCAACCGCCUCCUCUCCACCCUCUCCUCCAACGCCAACCGCUCCACGGGCUUCUACAACGCCUCCGUCCAAACCCCAAACAACGCCGUCUACGGCCUCUUCCUCUGCCGCGGUGACGUCGUAGCCACCGACGCUUGCGAAAACUGUGUCGCCACCGCAACCGCCCAGGCCCCAGAACGCUGCCACAUAGAAAAACAGGUGGUGAUCUGGUACGACGACUGCAUGCUACGGUACUCCAACGAGUCAUUCUUUUCCACCUCGGCCGAAUCGCCUGGCAUGUAUCAGUGGAAUACGCAGAACGUAACAACGGAACAGACUCGGUUCAACCAGGUGGUGGCGGCGAGUAUGAACGAGGUGGCUACCGAGGCUGCCAACGACACGGACAAGUUCGCGACAAAACAAGCGAAGUUCACUGAUCUGAUUACGCUGUACAGCCUCGGGCAGUGCACGCAGGACCUGUCCGCGGCUGCUUGCGACCGGUGCUUUAGGGAGGCCAUAAGGCGAUUGCCGAUUUGUUGUAGCGGAAAGCAAGGGGGACGAGUUCUGUUUCCGAGUUGUAACGUUAGGUAUGAAAUCUACCCCUUCUACGCCGAGAACGCCACAGCACCUGCGCCUGCACCAGGGGCUCCUCCGCCUAAAGGAAAAAGCAAAAUCCCAACUAGUACAAUUGUUGCCAUUGCUGUACCAAUAUCUGUAUCUGUGCUACUUUUCGUUGUGGGUUACUGUUGCAUAACUAGGAGAGCAAGAAAGAAGUACAAUCAAGCAGCAGCAGACGAACCAAGCGGUGAGAAUGACAUUACUACUGUCGAGUCUUUGCAAUUUGAUUUUGCUACCAUCCAAUCAGCUACGAGCAAUUUCUCCGAUGAUCACAAGUUAGGCGAAGGUGGUUUCGGUCAAGUUUACAAGGGUACACUUUUUAACGGUCAAGAAGUAGCUGUGAAGAGGCUAUCAAGGAACUCUGGCCAAGGCACAGAAGAGUUUAAGAACGAGAUGGUAUUGGUAGCCAAGCUUCAACACCGAAAUUUGGUUAGGCUAUUGGGAUUUUGCUUGGAAGGCGAAGAAAAGAUUCUUGUUUAUGAAUAUGUGCUCAACAAAAGCCUCGACUGUUUCCUAUUUGACCCUGAGAAACAGGGGCAAUUGGAUUGGUCAAGACGUUACAAGAUUAUUUCAGGAAUUGCUCGAGGAAUCAUGUACCUGCAUGAAGAUUCCCAACUUAGAAUUAUACAUCGUGAUCUUAAAGCCAGCAAUAUAUUGUUAGAUGGGGAGAUGCAUCCAAAAAUAUCUGAUUUUGGCAUGGCCAGGAUAUUUGGGGUUGAUCAAACUCAAGCAAGCACAAAUAGAAUUGUCGGAACAUAUGGUUAUAUGUCUCCUGAGUAUGCAAUGCACGGACAUUUUUCUAUCAAGUCCGAUCUGUAUAGUUUCGGUGUUUUAGUUCUAGAAAUCAUCAGUGGCAAGAAGAACAGUUACUUCUUUCAGACUGAUGCAGCUGAGGACCUCAUGAGCCAUGCUUGGAAGUUAUGGAGAGAUGGGGCACCUUUGGAAUUGUUGGAUCCGUGUCUGUGGGACUCUUAUUCGAGGACUGAAGUAAUUAGAUGCAUCCACAUCGGCUUACUUUGUGUUCAGGAAGAUCCAGCUGACAGGCCGACAAUGCAAUCGGUAGUUCUCAUGCUCAAUAGCUACUCUGUUACUCUGCCAUUACCUCAACAACCGGCAUUUUUCCUCCAAAGUAGAGCAAUGGGAAACAUGUUAGAGGCAACGCUGGACUCUGCUCAAUCUAUCAGCAAGUCAUCUCCGUCCGUUUAUGAAGGAUCUAUCACUGAAGUAUACCCUAGAUAGUGUGAAUAGAUAAGCUGUUACUGUUACGUAUUGUAAUAUAUUCUUAUAUAUACAAUCAUC